AUGGCGACAUCAACACUUCCUUCAGCGCUCUCCUUCCCGCCGGCGACCUUUGCCAAACUCUCUCCUGCGCCUUACCUCCUCGCUCACCUUGACCCACAAUCUUCAUCUGCUUCGCCGACACGCCCCAGUGGCCGUUCCACGCAACAAUGUCGUUCACCAUCUGUCAACACUGGCUCCCUCACACACGCCAAUGGUAGCGCCGUGGUACGACUAGGAGACAGCGCCGUCGUCUGUGGUGUACGCGCCGAAGUCUUGCGCACCUCAGAUAUACCCCACCCAUACCGCGGACCGGAAGACAGCAGACGCGAGAUCGAAGAGCUGGGUCUGCUCGUCCCCAACAUCGAGCUCAGCACUGGCUGCUCCCCUGGAUUCCUUCCCGGAAACGCUCCUGGCACACUGGCACAGUCCUUGACACAAAGAUUGCUUUCGCUGUUACAUCUGUCCAAGCUAGUCGACGUAGAGGACUUGAAGGUCAAAUACCAACCACCAGAGACCGAAGACGAUAUCCCAGAUGCGCCUCCCCAACUCCAAACAAAAGCCUACUGGGUCCUCUACAUCGACCUGCUGGUGAUCAGUCUAGAUGGCAAUCCCUUCGACGCAGCAUGGGGUGCUAUCCUGGCCGCCCUGUCAGACACAAAACUGCCCAAGGCAUGGUGGGACCCCGAUCAUGAGAGCGUUCUCUGCUCUGACCAGCUCUCCGACGCCAAAUCGCUUACCCUCGGCAACAUCCCUGCAUCUCUGACUUUCGCCGUCUUCAGCACCGCUGCUCCCCAGAAGAAGCCCGAGGAUGCGAAGAACUGGGUCUUGGCUGAUCCUGACGGCUUCGAGGAAGAGCUAUGCAAUGAGAUGGUCACGGUCGUUGCCACGGAAAAGUCGAUAUUGAGGAUUGAGAAGAGAGGUGGUGGUGUUGUCGAUAGAGAAGGCAUGAGAGAGCUUGUUUCGCGCACUCAGGAGAGACUUGGAGACUGGAAGCAGGCUUUGAUGCAGCAACAGAGAUGA